GCUGACUGCUUUCGUAAUUAACAAUUAAAAGGUCUCCUCGAAGAAGCACACAAAGAGAGAAUAAACAAAGGGUCGUGCGACAAACGCGAGCCGAUAAUUCUCCCGAUAAUUAAUUACGAUAAUGACUGCGACAUUGUAAAGGGAGCGAUAUGUCUGUUGCGUCAGCGGAGUCGAGCAGCGUACAUAGCUCGCGCAACGACCUUCGUCGGCGCGCCGAGGAAAGGCGAAGCGAAAAAACGCGAAGCAGAGAGGCGAGAACCAUGGCGGCGGUACUAUUGGCGAAAUUGUGCUUUCGCUGUGUCGUACGCUUUUCCGACCGAGAGUACAUGCGCUGAGGGAAAACGACCGACGUGGCCGAUUAGGACGUGAAAAUGAACCACUGCAGUGGAUCUAGUGAUGACACCGAUGAAGGCGACGAUCAGGAGGCGUCUUCCUUGCAAGAGGAAACGAACAUUGAAGAUGCCUUAACAUCUUUCAGGGAACAGUGGCAGCGAGAGUUGACAAUAUCACCCAAGCGUGACACACCGAGGUCAUAUUCACCAAAAGAGCCUAAUAUUGAGGUCACCAGUGAUGAGGCCUCAGUUGAGAGCAGGGCAAAGAAUUUAUUUCUCAAAGGCAUUGAGCAUGAGCAGAGCAGAAAGUUUUAUGAGGCCAUCCAGUUUUAUAAGCGUGCAGUGCAACUGGUUCCUGACAUUGAAGUUCGCUUGUAUGAAUCAACAAAAACAAAAGUAAGGGAUAAAUUUGAUGCUGAUGAUAACCUGGACACAUUAAACAAUGAUCUCUCAACAAAUGAUAGUGGCACCUACUUUGAGGCUGAUGAAGAAGAAACUGACUUGUUUAAUAAAUUGUCUAGAAUCGUAAAUCGCAAUCAGUGCGUAUGUUUCCCGAAAUUUGAGCAAAAUACAACACAUAUAUCUGCGUUGCCAACAGAAAUAGUGCUCUACAUUCUACGAUGGGUUGUUUCUUCCGACCUAGAUUUCCGAUCGCUGGAGAUGUUUUCGAGGGUAUGCCGCGGGUUUUACAUAUCCGCGCGAGACAAGGAAAUCUGGCGAUUGGCUUGUGUCAGGGUAUGGGGUGUGAACUGCGGUACCUGCGAGCCAAAGUACCAAUCAUGGAGGGAUAUGUACUUGCAACGGCCUAGAUUAAGAUACAACGGAUGUUACAUCAGCAAAACUAGUUACAUUCGCGAUGGGGAGAACAGUUUCCAGGAUCGUUUUUACCGGCCAUGGCAUCUUGUCGAGUACUUCAGGUACCUGAGGUUUUUUCCCGAGGGAAGAGUUUUAAUGUUGACCUCCACUGACGAGGCCCAAAGCUGCGUGAAUUCUUUACGAAGUCGCGUGCCGCGCAACUCAUCAGUUCUUAUUGGGCACUAUCGACUACAUGACAAUUUUGUUACACUUAUGCUGAAGAAGCAAGAAAUUAAAGGAGUCAAUUUCACAUACAGACGGAAUAAGAGGGAGCCGGUACACGACAGCGGCGAGCAAACCUUUCAUAUUGAAUUCGAGAUACAGAAUCAUCACAGAAGAGUAAAUUCGCAACUAAAGUGGGUCAGUUACAGUAUUUUCACGAAAUACAGAAACGGGCAUGAGGCGAAACUUUGCUUGAAAGAACCAUCUGUGAGGGAAUUCAGGGUGUCACCGAUUGGCGGCAGGUAUCCGCCCCUUAAAUUUAGCAGGGUAAAGAGUUACACUCAGGAGAGCGAAGCCCCGUUGCAGUAAUAAGCAUCGUGAUGAAAAUAUACGCGAAUGACGAGAGUACAACAUUAUUCUUAUUCUUGCGGACGAAAAUCGUGGAUGGAGCGGAUAUAUUGUCGAAGUACGUUAACUAUUAAUGUAAAAGUGUGAAGCAUGCGGGUAUUUAAUUUCGAUUAUAUAUGUGUGUGUGCUAGCACGCACACGGCGCUUUGGAUCAUUAAUUAAAAAAAAGUAUAUUUUUAAAGAUGUUUUAUUUCUCUGGCAUAUAUCUCUCACGUUGCAUUCUAUAACGGUCUCUAUUAGUACGCUAUACAACCUGUAAAUCACAACUAUCCUUCGAAGUGUGUUAAUUGCGUUGAAUACGGCAACGCAUUCAAUCACAUCGCGGCGUAAAUAAAUUAUUUUGUAGGUCUAAUAUAUGUAAAUUAUUUAAGCACACUCGAACACAGUGCCUUAUAUUAUUUUUUUUCACAAUAAGUUGUACGCUUAAGGUUCUAACAAAGUGUCUAUAUUCAAGAAUGUAAUUUAACGGUCUCUGCUUUUAAUAGCUCAUUAAUUAUUGCUUAUCCUUAGCACAGUUAAGUUCGAAAAGUGUGUUUAAUUGUACAUAGUAAAAUUAUGUAUAAUAAAUCUUUCGGACGUUGCGAGUUGCUAAAACGUUCGCAAUUUCAUCUACGCGACGGGAAUAUAAGGAUGUACGGUGUCUGGUGCAAGAUGCAAGAGGUACAUUAACCUUCGUCGGAGAAAGACGCGAAGUGUAUUCUGCGAUACUAUUACUGCUCUCACUAUUAUUGUAACUUCUCGUACGGAAUCGUAUAUCUAAGAACUCGUCGAUCUUUAUUAACGUGUGUCAAUAUUAACUACCUUAUGAUACGAACGAUUUAUCCGUAAAUCGAGGUCUACAUCUCUGGUUUGCUUAACUCUGAGUUGCAAUAGAGAGUCGGGUUUAGAAUAAUUUUGUUACGAGUUCAAUACGGAUAAUUGGACAAACUCUCGUCGACGUUUCGAGACAGUUUUAUCAGCUGCAUUAUAAAGGAUUUAUGGAUGCAUUAUAAAGCGUAUCGACUCGAAGAGAUGGACACCUGAAUGUAUGUGUGUGUGUGUGUGUGUGUGUGUUGCGUACUAUUAGGAGAUCCUGGAUCAUUGUACCACAACAAUAAACAUAUUUUUGAUGUGCUUA